UGAGUAUUCGUAUCAGGGGCUGUGAACAGCCUCCAGGUGGAGUAACUUACAGACAAUCUACAGCAAGCAGAACAGAAACCGACAGCAGCCCACAGUGUCUGUCAUUACACUCACACACUCACACAGACACAUAUCAUGGAGCCGUACAGAAAACACUUGGCUGUCUGUGUCACUGCAGUCCUGCUGUGCUGUGUGAGCUCAGAUGAAGCGAGUGAGACUGUGCAAUCCAGAGAAGGAGACUCUGUCACCCUGAGCACCAAAGAGGAUAGGUGUGACAGAGGCACUCAUGUGAUGUGGUUGUUUGGGCCACAGAACCCCAACAUGAGGAUCGCCAGAGUGAAGGAUGGAGAAGUGAGGACGAACUACACUGAACAUUUCAGAGAUAGACUUCAGCUGGACCAUAGAUCUGCAUCUCUGAGCCUCUCUGGGCUCAGACUCAACGACUCUGGGGUCUACAUGUGCCGCUCCAUCGGCUCCAACAUCGUGUCCCAACAGUUCAACCUGAUCGUGUAUGCUCCUGUCUACGCUCCGUUCAUCAGGACGAACUCGUCUGAGAUGAGCUCCAGCUGCAGCUCUCUGUCAGUGGAGUGCUGCGUGCAGAGCAGCAGGGAGCUGAGACUGUCCUGGUUCAGAGGAAGAGACAAACUGAAGGAGACCAGCCGUCCUGACCCGUCCUCCAGACUGUGUCUCUCUCUGCUCAUAGAGUCCAGUGAUGGAGAUGAGUACAGCUGUGUGUCUGAAAACCCCGUGGAUCAGAAGAGCCGCAGUUUCAACACAGAAGACACGUGUUUGAACCACGGAGUCCCUUCAGAGACGCUCAGCUGGUGUCACACUGAAGCGACAGUAAGGCUGGUGCUCUCCGCUGUGCUCGGCUUGGCCUUGACGGUUCUGGUGGCAGACCACAUCAGAUUCAGACGACAAACCCGCCCGAGAUGCUGAGAGCUGCCAUAUCAUACGAAGGAGAAGAAAGCUACAAAAAUUGUUAAAAAUAACCUGCAUGUAUUAUAAAUAUUGUUCUGAUAAUAAAAGUGAUUUUAACUGUUGGUCUUUUUGAAAGCACAAAACAAACUUUCAUACAUCUUGAAAAUAAUAAAAAAAAAACAAGUAAAUGAAGUGACACAGAAGAACUGCCUGCCUGUUGAUGGAUCCAGCCUCCAUUCAACAUGCAAACCAUUUUUUUUUUUUUUUCAAAUUUCCAUCAUGAUAAUGUUAUUCCAGCCAAGAAAAUCAGUUUCUUUUUCAGGUUCAUUGCACUAAAGUGAGCCCGAGUGAAACCUCUGUGUAACUUCCGAUUUGCAGUGAAACUGAGACCCACAACAAACAGAUGAGUGUGCGCUCCUCAUGAAAUACAUGAUAGUGUUUACAUGUAUUUUGCAUAAAUAUCUGGAGAGAGAAAUACACCUCUCUUUUGAUCUGAAGGCACGACCACUCUGGUCUGGAAGUCAUUUAUCACCAGAAUACCUAACUGUUGGUCAUCAUUCUCAGAGACAUAGUAUCAGAGUCUAUUUGACAGUGAUCAGUCAUCAAGGUAGUUCCUAGUUUUAUGUGUUUGUGAAGUGAAAGAAGACCUGAUGGUUUAUGAAGUGUGUAGAAUUUGGCUGAAAAGCAGAAAAGAAAAUGGGUCCUUGAGGGCCUUAUAGCAUAUUUAAUGUGACACACAAAGUAGACAAUUAUGAUACUGAAAACUGUGUAUUUCAAUGAUAUUAGAAAUGUAAAGGCAAAACAAUGGAUGGACGCAAGUUGAAGAUGACCAAAAGCUAAAAUCUCUGUGCCUAACACCAGCUUUAAACUCUGUUAUGGAAAUGAUAUAAUCUGCAUUGUCUUAAUUGAAAAAAUAAAAGUACACUUGCCAGGGGGCUUUCUGUA